AUGGCUGCAGCUUCAUAUGAUCAGUUGUUAAAGCAAGUUGAGGCACUGAAGAUGGAGAACUCAAAUCUUCGACAAGAGCUAGAAGAUAAUUCCAAUCAUCUUACAAAACUGGAAACUGAGGCAUCUAAUAUGAAGGAAGUACUUAAACAACUACAAGGAAGUAUUGAAGAUGAAGCUAUGACAUCUUCUGGACAGAUUGAUUUAUUAGAGCGCCUUAAAGAGCUUAACUUAGAUAGCAGUAAUUUCCCUGGAGUAAAACUACGGUCCAAAAUGUCCCUCCGUUCUUAUGGAAGCCGGGAAGGAUCUGUAUCCAGUCGUUCAGGGGAGUGCAGUCCUGUUCCUGUGGGUUCAUUUCCAAGAAGAGGAUUUGUAAACGGAAGCAGAGAAAAUACUGGUUAUUUAGAAGAACUUGAGAAAGAGAGAUCAUUACUUCUUGCUGAUAUUGACAAAGAAGAAAAGGAAAAAGACUGGUAUUACGCUCAACUUCAGAAUCUCACUAAAAGAAUAGAUAGUCUUCCUUUAACUGAAAAUUUUUCCUUACAAACUGAUAUGACCAGGAGGCAAUUGGAAUAUGAAGCAAGGCAAAUCAGAGUUGCUAUGGAAGAACAACUAGGAACAUGCCAAGAGAUGGAAAAACGAGCACAGCGAAGAGUAACCAGAAUUCAACAAAUAGAGAAGGACAUACUUCGUAUACGACAGCUUUUACAGUCCCAAGCAACAGAAGCAGAGAGAUCAUCUCAGAGCAAGCAUGAAGCUGGCUCACGUGAAGCUGAGCGGCAGAAUGAAGGUCAAGGAGUGGCAGAAAUCAACAUGGCAACUUCUGGUAGUGGUCAGAGUUCGGCUACACGGAUGGAUCAUGAAACAGCCAGUGUUUUGAGUUCUAGUAGCACACACUCUGCUCCUCGGAGGCUGACAAGUCAUCUGGGAACCAAGGUGGAAAUGGUGUAUUCAUUGUUGUCAAUGCUUGGUACUCAUGAUAAGGAUGAUAUGUCACGAACUUUGCUAGCUAUGUCUAGCUCCCAAGACAGCUGUAUAUCCAUGCGACAGUCUGGAUGUCUUCCUCUCCUCAUCCAGCUUUUACAUGGCAAUGACAAAGACUCUGUGUUGUUGGGAAAUUCCCGGGGCAGUAAAGAGGCUCGGGCCAGGGCCAGUGCAGCACUCCACAACAUCAUUCACUCACAGCCUGAUGACAAGAGAGGCAGGCGUGAAAUCCGAGUCCUUCAUCUUUUGGAACAGAUACGCGCUUACUGUGAAACCUGUUGGGAGUGGCAGGAAGCCCACGAACAAGGCAUGGACCAGGACAAAAAUCCAAUGCCAGCUCCUGUUGAACAUCAGAUCUGUCCUGCUGUGUGUGUUCUAAUGAAACUUUCGUUUGAUGAAGAACAUAGACAUGCAAUGAAUGAACUUGGGGGACUACAGGCCAUUGCAGAAUUAUUGCAAGUGGACUGUGAAAUGUAUGGGCUUACUAAUGACCACUACAGUAUUACAUUAAGACGAUAUGCUGGAAUGGCUUUGACAAACUUGACUUUUGGAGAUGUAGCCAACAAGGCUACCCUAUGCUCUAUGAAGGGCUGCAUGAGAGCACUAGUGGCCCAACUAAAAUCUGAAAGUGAGGACUUACAGCAGGUUAUUGCAAGUGUUUUGAGGAAUUUGUCUUGGAGAGCAGAUGUAAAUAGUAAAAAGACAUUGCGUGAAGUUGGAAGCGUGAAAGCAUUGAUGGAAUGUGCUUUGGAAGUUAAAAAGGAAUCAACCCUCAAAAGUGUAUUGAGUGCCUUAUGGAAUUUGUCAGCACAUUGCACUGAGAAUAAAGCUGAUAUAUGUGCUGUAGAUGGUGCACUUGCAUUUUUGGUUGGCACUCUCACUUACCGGAGCCAGACAAAUACUUUAGCCAUUAUUGAAAGUGGAGGUGGGAUAUUACGGAAUGUGUCCAGCUUGAUAGCAACAAAUGAGGAUCACAGGCAAAUCCUAAGAGAGAACAACUGCCUGCAAACCUUAUUACAACACUUAAAAUCUCACAGUUUGACAAUAGUCAGUAAUGCAUGUGGAACCUUGUGGAAUCUCUCAGCAAGAAAUCCUAAAGACCAGGAGGCAUUAUGGGACAUGGGGGCAGUCAGCAUGCUCAAGAACCUCAUUCAUUCAAAGCACAAAAUGAUUGCUAUGGGAAGUGCUGCAGCUUUAAGGAAUCUCAUGGCAAAUAGACCUGCAAAGUAUAAGGAUGCCAAUAUUAUGUCUCCUGGUUCAAGUUUGCCAUCUCUUCAUGUCAGGAAACAAAAAGCUCUAGAAGCAGAAUUAGAUGCUCAGCACUUAUCAGAAACUUUUGACAAUAUUGACAAUUUAAGUCCCAAGACAUCUCAUCGUGGUAAGCAAAGACACAAGCAAAGUCUCUAUGGUGACUAUGUUUUUGACACCAAUAAACAUGAUGAUAAUAGGUCAGACAAUUUUAAUACUGGAAACAUGACUGUCCUAUCACCAUAUUUAAAUACAACAGUGUUGCCCAGCUCCUCUUCAUCAAGGGGAAGUUUAGAUAGUUCUCGUUCUGAAAAAGAUAGAAGUUUGGAGAGAGAACGAGGAAUUACCCUAGCUAACUACCACCCAGCAACAGAAAAUCCAGGAACCUCUUCAAAACGAGGUUUGCAGAUUUCCACCACUGCAGCCCAGAUUGCUAAAGUCAUGGAAGAGGUAUCAGCAAUUCACACUUCUCAGGAAGACAGAAGUUCUGGGUCUACCACCGAAUUGCAUUGUGGGACAGAUGAGAGAAAUGCACUAAGAAGAAGUUCUACUGCUCACACACAUUCAAAUACUUACAACUUCACUAAGUCGGAAAAUUCAAAUAGGACAUGUCCUAUACCUUAUGCCAAAUUAGAAUAUAAGAGAUCUUCAAAUGAUAGUUUAAAUAGUGUCAGUAGUAGUGAUGGUUAUGGUAAAAGAGGGCAAAUGAAACCUUCAAUUGAAUCCUAUUCUGAAGAUGAUGAAAGUAAAUGUUGCAGCUAUGGUCAAUAUCCAGCUGACCUAGCCCAUAAAAUACAUAGUGCAAAUCAUAUGGAUGAUAAUGAUGGAGAACUAGAUACACCAAUAAAUUAUAGUCUUAAGUAUUCAGAUGAGCAGUUGAACUCUGGAAGGCAAAGUCCUUCACAAAAUGAAAGAUGGGCAAGACCCAAACAUAUAAUAGAAGAUGAAAUGAAACAUGGUGAACAAAGACAAUCAAGGAGUCAAAGCACAACUUAUCCCGUAUAUACUGAGAGCACUGAGGAUAAACACCUCAAGUUCCAACCACAUUUUGGACAGCAAGAAUGUGUUUCUCCAUAUAGGUCAAGAGGAGCUAGUGCUUCAGAAACAAAUCGAGUAGGUUCUAAUCAUGGAAUUAAUCAAAAUGUAAACCAGACUUUGUGUCAGGAAGAUGAUUAUGAAGAUGAUAAGCCAACCAACUAUAGUGAACGUUACUCUGAGGAAGAGCAGCAUGAAGAAGAAGAGAGACCAACAAAUUAUAGCAUAAAAUAUAAUGAAGAAAAACAUCAUGUGGAGCAGCCUAUUGAUUAUAGUUUAAAAUAUUCCACAGACAUUCCUCCCUCACAGAAACCAUCGUUUUCAUUCUCAAAGAGUUCAUCUGGACAAAGCACUAAAACUGAACACAUCUCUACAAGCAGUGAGAAUAUAUCCACACCUUCCUCUAAUGCCAAGAGGCAGAAUCCCCUCCAUCCAAGCUCAGCACAGAGCAGAAGUGGUCAGACUCAAAAAGCCUCCUCUUGUAAAGUUCCCUCUAUCAACCAAGAGACAAUACAGACUUACUGUGUAGAAGAUACCCCAAUAUGUUUUUCAAGGUGUAGUUCUUUGUCAUCUUUGUCAUCAGCUGAAGAUGAAAUGGGAUGUGAUCAGAGGACACAGGAAACAGAUUCUGCUAAUACACUACAGGUAGCAGAAAUAAAAGAAAACAGUGGAACUAGAGCAACUGAAGUUUCUGUGAAUGAAGUUCCAACAGUGUCACAGCACAUUAGAACCAAAUCCAACAGACUCCCGGCUUCUGGUUUAUCUUCAGAAUCGGCUAGGCACAAAGCUGUUGAACUUUCUUCAGGGGCCAAAUCGCCAUCAAAAAGUGGUGCCCAGACACCUAAAAGUCCACCAGAGCACUACGUUCAGGAGACUCCACUCAUGUUUAGCAGAUGUACGUCUGUCAGUUCACUAGAUAGUUUUGAGAGUCGUUCAAUUGCCAGUUCUGUUCAGAGUGAACCCUGCAGUGGAAUGGUAAGUGGCAUUAUAAGCCCCAGUGACCUUCCAGAUAGCCCUGGACAAACCAUGCCACCAAGCAGAAGUAAAACACCUCCUCCUCCUCCUCUUCCUCAAACAGUGCAAGCUAAACAAGAGGCACCUAAAAAUAAAGUACCUCAUGCUGAAAAGAGAGAGAGUGGGCCUAAGCAAGCUGCUGUUAAUGCUGCAGUUCAGAGGGUCCAGGUUCUUCCAGAUGCUGAUACUUUACUACAUUUUGCCACAGAAAGUACUCCAGAUGGAUUUUCUUGUUCAUCUAGUCUGAGUGCUCUGAGCCUUGAUGAACCAUUUAUACAGAAAGAUGUAGAAUUAAGAAUAAUGCCUCCAGUUCAGGAAAAUGACAAUGUGAAUGAAACAGAAUCUGAGCAGCCUGAAGACUCAAAUGAAAACCCGGAAAAAGAGACUGAAAAACCUGCUGAUUCUGAAAAAGAUAUAUUAGAUGAUUCAGAUGAUGAUGAUAUUGAAAUACUAGAAGAAUGUAUUAUUUCUGCCAUGCCAACAAAAUCUUCACACAAAGCCAAAAAGCCAGCCCAGAGUGCUUCAAAAUUACCUCCACCUGUUGCAAGAAAACCAAGUCAACUGCCUGUGUACAAACUUUUACCAUCACAAAACAGGAUGCAAGCACAAAAGCAUGUUAGUUUUACACCAGGAGAUGAUAUGCCACGGGUAUAUUGCGUAGAAGGGACGCCUAUAAACUUUUCCACAGCUACGUCUCUAAGUGAUCUAACAAUAGAAUCCCCUCCGAAUGAGUUAACUACUGUAGAAGGGGUUAGAGCAGGGGCACAAACAGGUGAAUUUGAAAAACGAGAUACCAUUCCUACAGAAGGCAGAAGUACGGAUGAGGCUCAAAGAGGAAAAACCUCAUCUGUGACUAUACCUGAACUAGAUGACAGUAAAACAGAAGAAGGUGAUAUUCUUGCAGAAUGCAUUAAUUCUGCCAUGCCCAAAGGAAAAAGUCACAAGCCUUUCCGUGUGAAAAAGAUAAUGGACCAGGUCCAACAAGCAUCUAUGUCUUCAUCUGGAAAUAACAAGAAUCAAUUAGAUGGUCAGAAGAAUAAACCUACUUCACCAGUAAAACCUAUGCCACAGAAUACUGAAUAUAGGGCACAUGUAAAAAAAAAUACAGAUUCAAAAAAUAAUUUAAAUGCUGAAAGAACUUUUUCAGACAACAAAGAUUCAAAGAAACAGAACCUGAAAAAUAAUUCCAAGGACUUCAAUGAUAAGCUACCAAACAAUGAAGAUCGAGUCAGAGGAAGCUUUACUUUUGAUUCACCUCAUCAUUACACACCUAUUGAAGGAACUCCAUACUGUUUUUCACGAAAUGAUUCUUUGAGUUCUCUAGAUUUUGAUGAUGAUGAUGUUGACCUUUCCAGGGAAAAGGCUGAAUUGAGGAAGGGAAAAGACAAUAAGGAAUCAGAAGCUAAAGUUAACAGUCAGACAGAACUAACCACAAGCCAACAAUCGGGUAAUAAGACACAAACUGUUACAAAGCAUCUAAUAAAUCGAGGACAAUCUAAUAAACCCAUGCUGCAGAAGCAGUCCACUUUUCCUCAGUCAUCCAAAGACAUACCAGACAGGGGGGCAGCAGCUGAUGAAAAAUUACAGAAUUUUGCUAUUGAAAAUACUCCAGUUUGUUUUUCUCGAAAUUCCUCUCUAAGUUCUCUUAGUGACAUUGAUCAAGAAAACAACAACAACAAAGAGAGUGAACCUAUCAAAGAAACCGUGCCCCCUGCCUCCCAGGGAGAACCAAAUAAACCUCAGGCAUCGGGUUAUGCUCCUAAAUCAUUUCAUGUUGAAGAUACCCCAGUUUGUUUCUCAAGAAACAGCUCUCUCAGUUCUCUCAGUAUUGACUCUGAAGAUGACCUAUUGCAGGAAUGUAUAAGUUCUGCAAUGCCAAAAAAGAAGAAGCCCUCAAGGCUCAAAGGUGAUAAUGAAAAGCAUAGUCCCAGAAAUAUGGGUGGCAUAUUAGCAGAAGAUUUGACACUUGAUUUGAAAGAUAUACAGAGACCAGAAUCAGAACAUGGUUUAUCCCCUGACUCGGAAAAUUUUGAUUGGAAAGCCAUUCAGGAAGGUGCAAAUUCCAUAGUAAGUAGUUUACAUCAAGCUGCUGCUGCUGCAUGUUUAUCUAGACAAGCUUCAUCUGAUUCAGAUUCCAUUCUUUCACUGAAAUCAGGAAUCUCUCUGGGGUCACCAUUUCAUCUUACACCCGAUCAAGAGGAAAAACCCUUCACAAGUAAUAAAGGCCCACGAAUUCUGAAACCUGGCGAGAAAAGUACAUUGGAAACUAAAAAGGUAGAAUCUGAAAAUAAAGGUAUCAAAGGAGGGAAAAAAGUGUAUAAGAGUUUGAUUACGGGAAAGGUUCGAUCUAAUUCAGAAAUUUCAAGCCAAUUGAAACAGCCCCUUCAAGCAAAUAUGCCUUCAAUCUCUCGAGGUCGGACAAUGAUUCACAUUCCAGGAGUUCGUAAUAGCUCAUCAAGUACAAGUCCAGUUUCUAAAAAAGGCCCACCCUUUAAGACUCCAGCGUCCAAGAGCCCUAGUGAAGGUCCGACAGCCACCACUUCUCCUAGAGGAACCAAGCCAUCAGUGAAGUCAGAAUUAAGCCCUAUUACCAGGCAGACAUCCCAGCUGGCCGGAUCAAAUAAAGGGUCUUCUAGAUCAGGAUCUAGAGAUUCCACUCCUUCAAGACCUGCCCAGCAACCCUUAAGUAGACCUAUGCAGUCUCCAGGGCGAAACUCAAUUUCUCCUGGUAGAAAUGGAAUAAGUCCUCCUAACAAAUUAUCUCAACUGCCAAGGACAUCAUCCCCUAGUACUGCUUCCACUAAGUCCUCAGGUUCUGGGAAAAUGUCAUACACAUCUCCAGGCAGACAGACGAGCCAGCAGAACCUUACAAAACAAACAGGUUUAUCCAAGAAUGGCAGUAGUAUCCCAAGAAGUGAGUCUGCCUCCAAAGGACUGAAUCAGAUGAGUAACAGCAAUGGAUCUAAUAAAAAAGUAGAACUUUCUAGAAUGUCUUCAACUAAAUCAAGUGGAAGUGAAUCUGAUAGGUCAGAGAGACCUGUAUUAGUACGCCAGUCAACUUUCAUCAAAGAAGCUCCCAGCCCAACCCUAAGGAGAAAAUUGGAGGAAUCUGCUUCAUUUGAAUCACUUUCUCCAUCUUCUAGACCAGAUUCUCCCACAAGGUCCCAGGCACAUACUCCAGUUUUAAGUCCUUCCCUUCCUGACAUGUCUCUUCAUUCGUCUGUUCAGUCUGGUGGAUGGCGAAAACUUCCCCCUAAUCUCAGUCCCACUGUAGAUUAUAAUGAUGGAAGACCUGCGAAGCGCCAUGAUAUAGCACGCUCCCAUUCUGAAAGUCCUUCCAGACUUCCAAUUAAUAGGUCAGGAACCUGGAAACGUGAGCACAGCAAACAUUCAUCAUCCCUUCCUCGAGUAAGCACUUGGAGAAGAACUGGCAGUUCAUCUUCAAUUCUUUCUGCUUCAUCAGAAUCCAGUGAAAAAGCAAAAAGCGAGGAUGAAAAAUAUGUGAACUGUAUUUCAGGAACCAAGCAAACUAAAGAAAACCAAGUAUCUACAAAAGGAACAUGGAGAAAAAUAAAAGAAAGUGAAAUUUCUCCCACAAAUUGUACUCAUAUUGCUUCCACAGGUGCUGUAAAUGGUGCUGAAUCCAAGACUCUGAUUUAUCAAAUGGCACCUGCUGUUUCUAAAACAGAGGAUGUUUGGGUGAGAAUUGAGGACUGUCCCAUUAACAACCCUCGAUCCGGAAGAUCUCCCACAGGAAAUACUCCCCCAGUGAUCGACAGUGUUUCAGAAAAGGGAAAUCCAAAUGCUAAAGAUUCUAAAGAAAAUCAGGGAAAACUGAAUGUGGGUAAUGGCAGUGGUCCCAUACGCACCGUGGGUCUGGAAAACUGCCUGAAUUCCUUUAUUCAGGUAAAUGCCCCAGACCAAAAAGGAACUGAGGCAAAGCCGGGACAAAGUAAUCCUGUCCCUGCAGCAGAGACUAAUGAAAGUUCUAUAGCUGAGCGUACCCCAUUUGGUUCUAGCAGCUCAAGCAAACACAGUUCACCUAGUGGGGCUGUAGCAGCUAGAGUGACUCCUUUUAAUUACAACCCAAGCCCUAGGAAAAGCAGUGCAGAUAGCACUUCAGCCCGGCCAUCUCAGAUCCCAACGCCAGUGAAUAACUCAAAGAAACGAGAUUCAAAAACUGACAGCACAGAAUCCAGUGGAACUCAAAGUCCCAAGCGCCAUUCUGGGUCUUACCUUGUGACGUCUGUUUAG